CUUGAGAUCAAAAUGAUCGGACCUAAUAAUAGCUCUAAGUUGUCAGUCGAUUCUUCACAAGCUCCAUGACUAUCCUUGCUCGAAUGUUUGUCGUGAGACACGGCGAGACAAACUCGAAUCGCGACAGAAUCGUCCAGGGUCAGCUGGAUACACAGCUCAAUGAGACUGGCCUUGCACAAGCUGCGACGACGGCAGAGGCGCUCAGAUCUGUUCCCUUUGACAAAGCUUUCACGAGUGAUCUCCAGCGAGCUUCUAAGACUGCGGAGAGGAUUCUCCAGUACCACCCUGGCGUCGAGUUAGUCCAAGAUAGCUCGCUGCGAGAAAGGUUUAUGGGUGAGUUGCAAGGCAAGAAGGCACCAGUCAACAUGAAAGGGUUAUCCUCGAUAGAGACAGACGAAGCUCUCGUUCAGCGUUGUAUCGCUUGGUAUAAUCGGAUGAUAACACCAUACAUCUCCUCCAUCACCAAACAUGACGUUUCCGAGUUAGAGGGCCGAUGUCGCAACAUACUUGUUCUAUCGCAUGGGGCGUUUAUAGCUACGCUCUUUCACAUCAUGAUCUCCAGCAAUUACAUUACGUGUCCCGUAGAGUUGAAGCUUAGAGGUCUUCCUACGUUGGGCAAUACCAGUAUAUCCGUAGUAGAAUACAGGACGGCUCAGAGAGGGAAGCAUAGGGAGGUGGACGUUGAUAUAUUAAAGUACGGGGAUAUUUCCCACUUGCGUGGACUGCGCGUCAUGGAAGAAAAUGCCGAUGUAGAAGCCGAUCAAUCAUAGUCUCGGCCAAUUGAAUAUUCAUUCAUUUGCGACCACCGCACGGAUCGUCAUCUACGGAGUGGAGAAGAAACGAUGAAAGGAAUAAGGAAG